UCUGCUUUGAUAAGACCGUUCACCUAAUUUUGAAACAUUUUUGGUUUCCUGGCUUACGUCAAUUUGUCGCUAAAUACAUUGCACAUUGCCUAGUUUGCAUAUCCAUGAAACGUGUCCCACGAGCGCCUCAUCAAUAUAUCACUUCCUGGCAAAAACCUGACGAACCUUUUAACGUCAUACAUGCAGAUGCAUUAGGCCCUCUGGCUUUAUCUAAUGGCUAUAAAUUCGUCCUUACUGUCGUAGACGCAUUUAGCAAGUAUUGCUUACUUUAUCCGAUGAAGCGCCAAGACGCUGAUGAACUGAAAUGUGCAUUAUCCAAUGUUAUAUCGUUGUUUGGCGUACCUAAGCUCCUGGUAGCCGACCGUGGUCGCAUGUUCGAAGCUACUCGCUUUGUAACUUGGAUGAAAGAGUUAGGUUGUGACAUACACUAUAUCACGCCCGAGAUGCACCACUCUAACGGACAAGUAGAGCGGUAUAUAAGAACGAUACUUAAUAUGAUCCGCAUUGAAACUAACCAUAAGAAUCAGCCAUGGUCGGAUACGUUAUGGAAAUUACAAUUGGUCCUAAAUAUCACCAAACAAAAGACCACUCAAUCAUCGCCCAUGAAUCUCUUAAUAGGCACUGACGGUGCCACACCUGUUAUUCGAAAUCUCAUCCGUGACGUAGCUGCUGGUGAUACACGGGCCAAUCGAGAGGCCUGGCGUGAGAUGUGCAGGUCAAGAGCCAGUGAGCUGCUAGCUAGGAAUCGUGUUCAGCAAGAUGCCACAGUUAACGAGAAGCGACGUCCAGCUCGGGUGUUUCAGAUCGGUGACCUCGUGUUCGCGGUCAAGUAUUCCCAGUCUACUGGAAAGCUGGACCCAGGGAUGCGAGGGCCCUACAAAGUCAUCAAAGCGCUACCAAGCGGGCGCUAUGAGUUGAAGCUGCUGAGCGGCUCGUAUGGGAAAACUACUCAGGCAGCAGCUGAGUACCUUGUCCUGUGGCGAGGAGAGUGGUGCCCCGAGUCGUGCGCUGCUUUCUUUGAGAAUGAUGAAGCAGAGGACGCGGGUGCUGGACCAUCAGGAGUUCUUGCAUCCUUCGCGGCACCAUCUGGCGAAUCAGUCGCCGCUGGACCAUCGUCAACCGUGGCUCCAUCAACGCAACCACUUUACGAGGAAGCUGAUGGCAGUGGCGAGGACACUGCAUCCAAUGAAGAGGAUGUUUCGGUCUACCCUACAUAUGAAGCAGACGAGGACACUGCGUCCAAUGAAGAGGAUGUUUCGGUCUACCCUACGUAUGAAGCAGUCGAGGACGAUGCAAGAUCAGGAGAGGCCGUAUUAGCGUAAGGCGGUUGUGACGUCACUCGGGUGGCGCGAUCGAACCGUUACGAGCGGGUUUCGACGAGCACGACCCGGGCGGCGGCGCGCAGCCACUUUUGCGGCGGCACUUGGACGGUUAACAUCGG